AUGAACAAUGAUCAGUACUCGAUAGGGUCAACUCUGUGCGAUAAAGUUUUUUCUCCAACUUUUACUGCUACUUUGGGGCAAGGAUUUUCGUGCGCCUGGCUGAAUGCGUCAGCGCUGGCUGUAACAUUUGGUUCAUUUGCAACGGUCAAUGCAAGCACUGUUCUAGAGCUGUCCACAUCGUCGAACAUUACUUAUACCGAAUCCAUUGAUGGAGUCAGCCUCCAAUCUUUUCCUGCCACUACUCAACUCGGGCAGAUUGUAAACGGGAAGAACGUGACACGACAAUUCAUUUCCAUACCUCAAAACGCUCUUUCUCCAUUACCAGUUCUAAGCGGCUUAAGCAAACUCUCAGCAUGUGAUAGAAUUGGUAUCGAUGCAUCUGGUUCGAUCGGAAAUGGGGCACGGAACUUUACGACUUUGACUUGGGGAGUGAAUUUUGACGAGUCUUACCCAGCAGCAGGAAUUCUAUCUUCAGGACUCCAGCGAACUUUCAUCAAUCGUUAUGUCGAGUUUUCAAGUUUGUUGGCGGGAGUUUCGAAUCAAGUGUCUCUACGGUUGCGCCCGAACGCAGCCAUCUUGCCCGGAUCGAGAAUUACUCUUCUAGGACUUCCUGGUCCCGUGCUUCGCGAGUAUGACUGCCCAUCCAUGCAAGCGCAGGCUUCCUCGCAGGUUUCCUGCAUUCAUGACAUUGGCUUGUCAAACCCCCGAACAUCAUGCAUAGAUGUGAUCUUGGAGGGUCCAAGCGCUUCCUCGUUCAUGCCCAGCUCUCAAUCACAACCCAAACCUGUGGCGCAGUGGUACAAGGGCGUGUCUGGUUGGGAGCUACACUUGAGAGUGCAGUAUCAAGCAUCUCAAAGUUGUUGUUAUCUACCUGCCACUCAAGACACCAUCAUUUCUUUCACAAUCGACAACCCAAAUUACCCCAUUCAAAGCUCUGUGUCCAUACAAGUAGAAUGUGAUGAAGCUUAUCCAAGCUGUGUACAAUCAAACUCAAGUUUGUUUGUGUAUAACAGCAACUUCGGGCCUAUCGGACCUCAAAAUUUUCCGUUGCAAACCCUCCUUGCUACUUGUUUACCAGCUUUCUUAUGUGCGACUGGUGUGACAUUCGGAGGCAACGAUUUUCCCAUUCAAGUUGUUGCGGCUCAGAUCUCUGAGACAACCCGAGUGAAGUCGACCUUGAACACCAUCUCAAUGACGUUCUCGUUGUCAACUACUGCACCUCCAGGAGCCGUCAUUCUUGUUUAUGGAUUGAACGGCACUUCACAGAAAGCUGGUAGCGUCUGCAUUUAUGGUGACUCUAAUGCAAACAUUUCUUGCUCAAAAUGUAGUGCAAAUCCAAGCAUACAUAUCGGUACGUGGUAUACAGGAGCGAAUGCUUUGAGAUUUGUGGUGAGGAAAGAAUAUGUGCUUUCAUCAUUGCAACCAAUCAAAAUAUCAUUCAAAUUGCCCAAUCCUUCCUACACCAAUCGUUUGACUUGUGGGAGCAGGAACGUGCUUGACUGCGCGUCUCUCAGUCGGCCUUACAUUCAAGUGUUAUCCAACCCCGAGUCGAGGUUCUCACCGACUCCUUAUGCGGUAGCUGGUGACGUGUUGGGUGCGGGAAUUCAACCAACGUUCACAGUGUCCAACAUGAUCCAGACAAACGCUAUUGCAGGAGUUCAGACCAUUCUUAUCGUCCAGCUAGUAUCUAACAUCGAUUUGCCCGUGAACACAACGCUUACCCUCACAAAUAUGAAUGGGAUAGAAUUUGUCGGUCCGUUUCCCAACGAGGAUCGGCUGAAUGGUUGUUGGGAAUCAGUUACAGAUCCAAAUCAGACUGCUGCUAAGAAUCUUUCUUUUGUUCUCACCAAGUGUGAUGUCUUUGCGGAUAAUCUUUUCUCGUUGUACGUCUUUGUGACAAACCCACUGUCGAAUGGACUUUAUUCCCAAGUCCUGGUGACGGCCUCAUACCAUGGUUGCGAUUUAUGUCAGAGUAGCUGUAGGUGUGAGGUCACUUCUCCAGAUCCAUUCGAAAUUCUUCCACAGCAAGUAACACUUGCAAACUCGAACAAGCUGCUGCUGAUCCAAUACGGCAGCUCCGUUCGCUUCAACGAGAGUUCAAACGUCACAGGCCAGAUCAACACGUUGACGAUCUCCUUGGCCUCAAAUGCCUCCAUCUUGUCGGGUUCGUCCUUCACGAUAUCGGGUCUCAAUGCAAUUAGCAAUCCACCUGCGACAAUUAUCGUUACCUUGACAUAUGGCACAGCAGUACAACCAGUCUCAGGGAGCUUUGACUCCACGAAAGGAGCGCUGACUUUCAAGACGAUUCAACCAAUUUCACCAGGGAAUCUUGGUAUCGAAUUUGUGGUGGAGAACCCAGAAAACGCGAAAAGCAAUUCCAAAAUUACUUUGAAGGGCAACAUUAUACCUGGAAUCUGUUCUGAACCACUGGCGAUGCAAGAAUGUGUUCAAGGCCUCGCAUCUAGGUCAUUGAAGGCGAUUGAGUUUGAAGCCUCAGUCACCGACCGACUUCUUCUCAGCAAUGGCAACAAAACGCUUGUUAUCAAGACCAUUCAGGAACUCUCUACAGUCUUUGGCGCAUAUAAUAUCAUUGCUGUCCACCUCCGGCCAAAUUUCAAAUUCAAAGGAAGUGGUAGCAGCAUCACUUUGCAGGGCCUCAAGAACUCAAUUUGGCCCCCAAAAACGACUUCGACUAGUCAAAUUCAACUGGAAAAUUCAAUAGCUGACUUGCUUCCCAACUGUUCGUGUAUUUCUUGUGAAUCUUCGAAUUGUGAUUGUACUCAAUCAACAUUGAACUCGCUGCAGCUGAAUCUAUUGUUUUGGAACUAUGAUCAAUCUCAGAAUCUUUUGUUUGAUAAGCCUGUCACUGGUGAAUGGGAUCCCUCAGUCGGGACUUUGAAAGUGACAUUGUCACCUAAUGCUGAAAUCCAAGCAAACCAAGACAUUGUUUUUGCUUUCUCUGUUCGCAAUCCAACUGUCAGAUCGCGACCAAAUGCUUUGAAUGUAACUCUAUUAACCCCGGAUAUCACCAUUAAUGCUGAAUUUCAAAAAACUGUUCUGGUCGCAGGCUCGCUGCCCAAGUUCAUCGAAUUCACAAUCAAAGACGAGGUCAGCACGGCAGAUGACUUCAACAAUUACACCAUCACAUUUGCUGCCAACUUUCCCAUGACCACCUUGCUCACGGACUUGACAAGUCAGACCUCUGCGAUCACCAUAUCUGGAUUGACUGAGUUUCAGACACCAAUACCAGGUCCAUAUCCCCUCCAAGGCGCCUCUCGAUUCAUGGCCUCGAAGCGAGGUGUCUAUCAGGUGCUGUCCACGUCAUCGAUCAGCUUUGUGUCAGGCGUGAUGCUGGGUGGUUGUGAGUCUAGUUCAGCGGGAUGCUCACUAUACAUUCCUGGCGUGUACGAUUAUCGUUCGUUACUGUCAUAUACAGUGAGCUUUGUGCUCAAGAAUGGAGCUAUUCUCAACUCUCUGGGCACGCUCCCAUCGAUCAGCUUCUCUAGCACUGAAGUAACUGUUGCUGCGACAGCUACCACGUCUCUCUCUGUCGGCCAAGUGCUCACAUACCCACAAGUGAUACGCUCAAAUAUAUCAGAGUCGUCAAACAUUCAGAGAUCUCCAAACACGAUUGCGAUAGAGUUGAGCGUGAACUUUGAUUUAAGAGGAGGUUCUAAGGUUUCUUUCGGAGGCUUUCAAAACAGCUUGUCAAGUAGCAAGAUCACGAUCCGUAACAACUUCGAAACAGCAAUACAAGGAAUCUACAAUUUAUCGAAGGGAACUGUUGAAUUCACAUUGGGUCAAAAGGUGGUUGUCAAGGCUCAGUCAUUGAUGUCCUUCAACUUCACUCUGGUGAAUCCCUCUCAAUCUCGGAUUCCUUCGGCGGUAACAGUUUCCAUUACCGCGUCGUCAUACACUGCCACCUGGGAUUGCAACUCUUUACAGACUUCGGUACUGGGAAGUGAUGUAGUCGUCCCCUCAACUGUCCUAGCAGGACCGCUGGUGUUCGGUGCGUCAAACCCCUUGGAUUUUGCUGUCAGAAGAGUUGGAGAGUCCACGCGUGUGAACUAUGCAAUCAACAAGAUAUGGGUGACUCUAGUGCCCUUCACAAGUGUGCCGGCAGGAUCCUCCAUGACUAUCUCUGGAAUUUCGAGCACGUACACUACUCAACAGGUCCUAGAGAUCAAUGGAACUUCUUCUUCUGCACUCACAGCCAUCUUCAAUCAAAUAUCUCAAAAUAGUUUCUUCGUUCAGUUGACUCUCAACGUGGAAAUGAUCGCAGGUCAAGAGUUUGUGUUCUACUUCUUGUUGCAGAAUAGGAAUGGUCUCCAGCCAAAGAACGAGUUGCAGAUCUCGGUACAAGGACCGCCAAGCACUGCAAAUUACUACUCAUUUGGACCUGUGCCGUUGAUUGGCGAUGUCUUGCGUUCUGGUUAUGCGCUCUCGUGGGUGAAGAAGACAAUCCAGCAGGAGACGAGGGUUGUAGGUGCAAGCAACGUUUUAAAGUUCACCAUUCGCCCGAACGCUCCUCUCUAUGAAAACACGAGAAUUCUCAUCUACGGUCUCAGGAACACGCUAUCUUUGAAAUGCUUCCCAUGCGCAACUACUCUCAUACCAGGCUUGGGAUGCUCCACCGAGUGCACCCGCUGCGUGUCGAGACUUUGUAAGCAAGUGUACAACGAAAACUUGAACGCUAACUCUCUCUUCCUCAUCAAUUCCCCAUUUGAUUCAAGCACUGGAAAUCUGAAUUUGACAAUAGCUCCCAGCCAGCUUAUACCCGAGGACAAGGAAACCGUUUUUACCAUCAUUGUUUACAACAGUAAUGAAACAAGCAAUUUUCGAGCAGACUGCGUACCUUCUAAUCAAGAUUCUUGUCUUAGGAUGGAAGUGUUGAAUGCAGCCGUUUGUCCAGGAACAUCGCUGAAUGGAAUGACAUGCUCCAAUCCGGAAACCAUUCCUGCAGCGCAAAAGACGAUAUCAACUUCAACCCCUUCGAUAGAUAAUUAUGGUAAUUCAAACAUUGACACAUGCAGUGUCUGCCUUCGGACUGCCGACGUUUAUGAACUGAAUACUGUUUUACAAACGCAGACCUCUUUGAUCAUCAGCAAUCUGUCUGUGUAUUCUCCUAGUUUACAAAAUGUCCCAACUCUCAUCCAAGGUGGCGUUGCACCUGGUCACUACCAAGUUUUCAUUUUACUUUCAAACUGGGCAGGGCAAAGCAAGAAAGCAUUCUUUGACCUUGAAAAGCCUUACCUGCCUCCCGGUUAUGGUUAUGGUCCCAUGCAUAACGAGUACCUGGCUCCCACCAUCAGGAUGACCAACCCAAACAACAUCACCAUAUUGUCUGGGAGAAGUUUGAAUUUCUACUCGCAUGGAACUCCGAUCACAUGCUUGGACAUCGGUCUGUCGUCAGAUCUGAGCUAUUCUUGGAUAGUCUCUUGCCAAACGUGCAAAUCUCAAAGUUCACUCAAGACUUUGCUUGGAAACUCUCUUCGCCCCUGGCUUUCUGUGUCUUCGGACUAUCUUCUUGCAGGAUGUGUAUGUAACUUCACCGUCGUAGCCCAUCAGUCGAGUGUCACUUCAUCAGCAAGUGUGAUUGUGAACGUCAGGCCCAAACGGUUGAUUCCAGCUAUAACUGGAGUCAAUGCAGGCGGAGAGAUGUCAAAGUUGCAAGACAUAUCUUUGAGCGCAAAGAGUUCUCAUGAUCCCGAGUCAGUUGUGACGAACUUUCAGAUCACUGAUGCACAAAUUCAGUGGGUUUGUACUUACUCAAAUUGUACGACUUGCUUCGUUCAACAACUUUGCCCAACUGAUUCGUACUCGGUCAUCAACAGUGCGGAAUUUGUGAUGUAUUCAUCCAAGUUGAUCGUCGGAGCUCGUUACACUAUAGAGUUGCAAAUACAACGAAAGUCAAGCUUACUCAGUACAGUAUUUGGGAGUUCAUCCAUCCCCUUCAUGGGUGACUGGACUAGUACGAGUACUACGCAGGUGGAAUUCACAGUGGUUGACCGCCCAGUUCUCUUGUGCAAUAUUUUGAUGUGUAGCACAGCGAUGACUAAUGUUUAUUCCUGUGGCAGUACGUCUCAGAAUGUGCAAGUCAGUGGCAACCAGUACCAGUACCUCAAGGGGUCCUGCACUCCCUCGGCAAGUGCUGGGAUCUCCUCGUACUCGUGGACGCUUGUCAGUGACGUGCUGCCCAAUUUGACGUCUGCAGACAUUUCUACCUCGCUCUCGACCUCCUUCCUGGUGGUCAACCCCAGCGUCCUUAGAGCUGGGGUCAGUGCGAAAUUUAGAUUCAGUGCUGUAGACACAGCGUUGGUGUUGGGCUACUCUGAAAUAACUUUAAUAGCCAACUCCCCUCCAAGCGGUGGAUACAUCAGUGUUUUUCCGACCAGGGGAGUUGCUCUGGUCGACAACUUUGAGAUCUCAGCACCAGCCUGGAAUCCUAGCAGCAAUGACAACCUUCCCUUAGUGUUCACGUUCUUUGCCAACGAGACUUUGCUUGCUCAGCAGUCUUCGAUCACACUGAACACGAUUCUGUUUCAGGGAGACGCUUCAGCAAGCUUCCGACUUUCAAUUCAUGUCAUAGUAUCUGACAGUCUUGGAGAUUAUGCUGCUGCAGCACAAAAUGUAACCGUCAUCACAAACAACACGGAUAUACAAGCUUUCGCAAGAAAUCAGAUCAACCAAAUCGAUCAAGUGUUUUUGAAUGCAGGUGAUGUUGCCAAGGCUACUCAAUACAUGGGCAUUGUUGCGUCUACUCUCAAUGCAAACCCUGCACCUUGCAUCAACCCUCAGGAGCUAGGGUGCACUGGAGCAUGCUGUCUUCGCAUCGCAUUACUCAACAGUUUGCAGUUGACUGGCUCCAUGUACGAACUGUCGUCAUCCAGUCUGCCUAUCAUUGCCAAUACGAUGCUGCAGAUCUUGAAAGCGCCGGAGGAGAUUUCCUUCUCUUUGUUACAAGAAGCUAUCUCGUACUCAUCAACUCUCAUCUCGAGCGAGUCAGGUAGUGGCGCAAAGAAUCGGUACUUGCCAGGGAACUUGACUCAGCUUGUAGCCGCUCUGCUAGCAAGUGCGAAACUAAACGGCGGAUCGAUGAUCGAUGCAAGGUUGAAUGCGAGGAGUCUUGUCAAGAGCUCAGCCGGUCGACAGCUCAAGGCAGUCUUGGGACUUACUGCGAGGAGUGCGAAAGCAGUGAUCAUGGCAGCCUUGUCCCUUCUCUCGUCCAUCUCCACACUAAGUACCCAGCACACGAUCCCAGACAUAUCCAAAGCUGUAGUCAUUCAAUCUGCCGGAAUCAUCGUGAACACGUCGGUGUUCUCUCAAACCUACUUCUCUAUCAACGGUUUUGUUGUGUCGUUGAACAACUCAGAGAUGUCGAUCGGACUUCCUUCAAGCCUGCUUUCGUACAUAGAUCCAACAACCCCACUCACUACCAGCAUCUUUCAGAUAAUGGUUGCACAAUUCGCUUAUUCGGACAACCCUAUCACGGGAUCACUUGGUCCAGAAAUUGUUCUUCAAAUCCGACCAUUUGGCAAAGACAACGUGAUCUCUUUCAACAUCAUCGCAGGUCUGCCUAUCACAUUCAAGCUCCUUCGCACGCAGCCUCUCAACUACUCCACACCGCCCCAACCGGGCUUCCAGCUCGUCCCCUUCAUCCAGUACUUCGAUGCUGACAUCAGCGUAUGGCAGUGGAAAUCUACUGGAAUGACAUCUAGCACGUCUGUCAAGGUCACAGCUGCCCCGCAGCUGGUGACUUCGUCAGGGUACUCGCUGAGCCAAAGGGUGUCCAUCUUCUCGGUUUCUCAGGUCUGGGCAGGGUGUGAUGGGGUCGCGUUCAGUGGCACUGUGAUCGACUCUUGCGGGGUUUGCGGAGGAAUGAACUACAGCUGCAGCGGCUGCGACGGAAUCCCGAACACCGGCAGAGACAAGAAUUGCAGUCAACAUGGAGCUUGCAGCGGAGGAGCAUGUGUCUGCUACGAGAACUACUACGGCAUCAUGUGCGAGACCUUCUGCAGGGACAGUGUCAUCUGUUCGGGUCAUGGGAGGUGCAACCCCGGGACUGGAACCAGUUGCAGCUGCGAGCAAGGAUGGGAGUCAGCUCCUGGCAUCGCAUUUCCUGGUCCGUUCUGUAAUGUGUCCACCACAGCAGUUGCAUCCAACUCCAACCUGUCGCAAACCGCGAUACGCAUCCUGCUGACCAUCGGGCUGCCGGCCUUCACCGGGGCUGUCAUUCUCUCAGCAGUCGGCGUGGUGAUGUUCAACCACCGCAGGAGGAUGCUCAAGAAGUCCUUCAAGACCAUCAUCGAGUUCCCUCAGCCGCAACUUGACGUGACGGCUGAGGUGCGAGACAGCAACCUGCUCAUGGUCCCGGACGAAGACGGCUGGGCCAACUUCGAGAUGCCAAAAGCCUCAGCAAAGUUAAGCUACGGGCCAAGCAGCGGUCAGCUGGCAACCGCCGUGGCAGCGAGCACUCGGACGGAGCUGGAGCAUGUGUCUUUGGAGUGCAUCGAUCGACGAGCGUCGCUCAUCCGCAACCUGACCAAGUCGAAGUUCACGACGAGGAAGUACAAGACCAACAUGCCCCUAGAGGCAAGUGCGGUGAAGGAAGAAGCGUCGGACGAGGAGAGCGACACAUGGAGCAGCGACUCAGAAGUCGGCAUGCACGUCAAGUCUUGGCAUAUCACUAAUCACCCGGAGUGGUUGGAUCACGACAAGAACAUGGACAGUCAAUGA